AGGGACAGAUGGGACCGACAAGGACACUGAGGCUUGGCCUGCUGGGCUGCCUGCUGCUUGUCCCCUGGCUGCACGGGCAGGAGCCGGCUGCCUGCGCCUGGGGCUGGGUGCCCUUCGAGGAUGGGUGCUACGGCUUCUUCCCCCGGGAGCUGAGCUGGAGAAGGGCAGAGGCCUUUUGCCAGCGCUUUGGCACGGGCACCCACCUGGCCUCGGUGCACAGCGUGGAGGAGCACCGCGCCAUCAUCGCCCUGCUCUCCUCCUCCCACUCCAGUGAGGACAGCGAGGAGGAGGACGACUGGGACGACGGCAUCUGGAUCGGCCUCCACCGUCCCCUGGGGAGCCGCCACUGGCAGUGGUCGGACAGCUCGGAGGUGAACUAUGGGUCCUGGCACCGGCAGCCCGGCCCCAGGAGGAGAGCCUGUGCCGCGUUGCAGGAUGCCGCCGAUUUCAUGAUGUGGUACAGCGACACCUGCGCCGACAGAAAACCCUUCAUCUGCAAGUCCAGCGCCUAGAGCUGCGGGCAGCCCCCCAGCACCGGCCCCGCUGCUCCUCCU